GCUGGUUCUGACCCAGGAGGAGGUCUACAGGAUCACAGAAGUCCACAUAACAGCUCAGCUUCAGAUGAUGGCUCUCCCUGCAGCAUUUUUAUCUGAGGACCAGUUCACCUGCUCCAUCUGCCUGGAGGUGUUCACCAACCCGGUGUCCACACCAUGCGGCCACAGCUUCUGCCAGGCCUGCAUCUCCUCCUACUGGGACGGAGGGAGGUCUGGAGGCGGGGCCAAGUCCUACCAGUGUCCGCUCUGCAAGGAGUCCUUCAGGAAGCGUCCAGAGCUCCAAAUAAACCGAACCCUGAAGGAGAUCACAGAGCAGUUCAAACAGAUGGCCGCCACUGGAGUCAGACUGGACGGAGGAGGAGGAUUUCACGACCCCAACAACCAUCCUUAUCAGCGUCACAUGUCGCUGUCUUUGUCCCAGAGGCGAGGAGAGAUGCCCGAGAGCAUCUUCACUGAGAUGAUGACCCGUUUUCAGAUGCUGCCAUCAGAUGGCAACUAUCAGAGUGACCCCAGUGUCCAGCACCCAGAUCGGACCAACUCCCAUCCACACCCUGGCCACCAGAUUCAUAAUGACCCACCACCACCAUAUUCACCCCCUCGCAGAUACACGGUGAGUGGCUCCAGCGACUCCAGCUCCAAUCUGCCGCUGUGUCCGAUCCAUCGAAGAGGAUUAGAGUUCUUCUGUCGGACUGAUAAUACCUGUGUCUGCAGCGUCUGUGUGGAGAUGGCUGAGCAUCGAGGACACAGCGUCAUCCCUGCCAAGAGGGAGUGGCAAAUCAAGAAGUCACAGAUAGGAAUUACAGAGGUGGAGCUGAAGGAUCUGAUCUGUGAGAGAGAAAGGAAAGUUCAGGAAAUACAGAGCUCCUUACGGGACAUCCAGGCUGCUGCUCAGAAAGAGACAGAAGGAGCUGUUGGUACGUUUUCCAAGGUCAUCGCCAACAUGGAGCGCUGCCAAGCUGAAGUACUGGAGGUGAUAGAGAUAAGUGUGCGAGCGGCAGAGCGCAAAGCCCAGAAACUGUUGAAAGAGCUGGAGGAGGAGCUAUCUGAGCUGAGGACCAGGAGUUCAGCGCUCAGCCAGCUGGCGCUCUCUGACGACUAUGUGCUCUUUCUCACGACGUUUCCCGCCGUGUCCGUCCCUCCACAGAUGAAGGACUGGUCUGGGGCGUCCGUGGAGUCGGACUUGACCUCUGGUGGGAUUCUGAAGACCGUUACUCAAAUGGUUGACCACAUUCAGGAAGAGAUGCGCAAACUGCCUGAAGUUUGUCAGCGAUCUAUAUCAGACCACUCCGUAACCAGGCCAAAUCCAAAGGUGAGGAGAGUUCAAGAAUAUGCAGCUGACAUCACCUUGGAUCCCAGCACCGCCCACCCACGCCUCAUCAUUUCAGCUGAUGGGAAGCAGGUGCAGUGUGGAGACCGCCACCAGUCGGUACCAGACAACCCGGAACGCUUCGACCGGGUGGUGUGUGUCCUGGCCCACGAGGGCUUCAACUCAGGACGCCAUUACUGGGAGGUGGAGGUGGGAGGAAAGACCGACUGGGACCUGGGAGUGGCGAGUCGAUCUGUCAGUCGUAAAGGUAAAAUCACCGUAAGCCCUGCUCAUGGCUACUGGUUCCUGAGUCUGCGGGAUCGGACCGACUACGCCUUCCGAACAGAACCCUCGACCAGCCUUACGGUCAAUCUCAGACCUUCCCGGAUCGGCAUCUACGUGGACUACGACAAGGGCCUGGUGUCAUUCUACAACGUGGAGGCCAGGGUUCUGAUCUACACCUUCACAGAUACUUUCUCCAACACCAUCCACCCCUUCUUCAGUCCCUGCACCAACAAAUCUGGCAGGAACGAGGCUCCGCUUGUUAUUUGUCCUGUUACAGCAGCGGAAUGAAAUGAGAUGUGAAAACAUUGUCCUUUCUGAAGACGGACGACUCCAUGAAUGUGGGACGUGAAUGGAGAUGACAACAGUAACGAAUGUCUGGACUAGAUUCAGAUUAACCUAUAAAGACCUAAAUCGCUACUAAUCUGAAAUGUUUAAUAACCUCUCAUCCACUAAUCUUAUCAAUACAUGUAAUUAAUUGGUGUAAAAUACAGUUCUUCAUCUUUUCAUGUUCU